AUGUGUAUAUUAUUAGCAACGACAGCUCAUCCAGACUAUGAAUUAAUCUUAAUAUCAAACAGAGACGAGUUCCUGCAGAGGAAAACUCACACAUCAUGUUGGCAUAAUGAUGAUUUUAUCUUAUCCCCGUACGAUAUGGCUAAAGAAUGUAAAUAUAAUGAUAAGAAAGUCUUUGGAACGUGGUUAGGAAUUAAUAAAGAUGGUAAGAUUGCCACUGUCUUGAAUUUAAAGUUAAACAAAUCUUUGAGUUUGAAACAAUUAGUAGCACCUAAAUCAAGAGGAAUGUUACCAUUUGUUUAUUUAUCAGAUAUGACAGAGGAUAGUUUUGCUGAAUGGGAUGGUUAUGACAAUUUUACUAAAAAAUAUCCAGGGUUACAAUCUACUGGUGAUUUCAAUUUAUUCUAUGGUGAUGUGAAACGGAAACAAUAUAGAAUUAUGGAUUCAAUAGGAAAUACCGUUUCAACUUUGAAUUCUAAUUGUCAAUAUCUUGUGGUAUCUAAUGAUGUGUUUACAUGCAAUGGUCAACUAGGAGAAUUACAGAGUAAUAUCAAACGUGAAGGGAAACAACCGUGCUUGCAAUCUAAAAUAGAAACAUGGGGCAAAGUUAAACUUGGUACAGCUUUAUUACAAAGUUUGGUCAAUAAAUCCAUUGUUGAGAAACAAGAUGAAGAUACGAUAAUAUCAGAGUGUUUUAAACUUUCAUCAACGUGUUCUGUGACAGUGGAGGACCAUUGUAAAUUUCAUCAGAAUUCUACUUUACCAAAUGAAACAAUCCUUGUACCUCCAUUACGAUGUAAAAUAACAGAUGAUGUUGGAACUUCUUUGCCCAUUGGAGAAUAUUAUGGUACAAGAUCUCAAAUUGUCAUACUAAUAAAAAGGGGUACUUAUGAAGUAAAAUUUGCAGAACAUGUCAUUUACACUUCAGAUUCUGAUAUCAAAACAUUCUCACCAGCUAAUCCAAAAGAAACUGUACGCUUCGAUUUCACCUUGAAUCGAUGA